AUGUCCGCGCCGGCAUUACCAGUCCCUGAGGAGUUCCCAAUCUUUCCCUAUGAUAAACCAUAUAAUAUUCAGUUAGACCUCAUGCGUCAUCUAUUUGCGGCGAUAGAAGGCAAACAAGUUGCGGUGGUCGAGUCUCCAACGGGAACUGGAAAGACAUUAAGUUUGCUUUCUGGAUCCCUCACAUGGCUGCAGGAUGAAAAGAGCCGUGCAGUCAAAGGGCAGUUUGCACAGCUGGAAGAAUCCUACUCGAAAGAUAAUGCUCCCGACUGGUUGGUCAAGCAAAGUAUUGAAUUUGCCCGUCGUCGGCUGCAACUGGAAGAAGAGGACUUUCAAGUACGACUUGACAAAGCUCGAAAGAGAGAAGAAGCUAUGCGACGGAAGGAACGUGCAAGGGCUCAGAAGCGAGCUAGAAUAGAUCAUGGACUUGGAGGUGGCGAGGGCGAAGAGGAUGAUCAAUUUCUCCCCGAAGAUCAGGAUGGGGAUAGCAAUCUGUCUCCCGAAGUCAAGGAGCUCAUGCGUAAGUUGGAAAUAUCGCAAAUGAAACGGACAGGCGGCGAAGAAGACGAAGAGCCUACAUGCACGAAGAUCUUCUACACUUCUCGGACGCAUUCACAACUAUCGCAACUCCAAGUGGAAUUUGAGAAGUUGAAACACCUUCCGAGUCAGGCAAAUGACCGACCGAUUGCGCGUGUAGUACCCCUGGGCUCUCGUAAAAAUCUCUGUAUCAACGAAGAACUACGAGCAAAGGGAGGAGACUUAGAUGAAGGCUGCCGCGAGCUUAUCCAGGAAAAAGGGAAGAAACGAUGUCCAUACCUUCCUCCAGCAGGGGACAUUUCCGCAAUGGCCGACUUGAGGGAUCAAAUACUAGCUACUCCUCGAGAUAUUGAAGACCUCGCACAACUCGGGAAGGAGCUGAAAACAUGUCCCUACUAUGGAAGUCGCAAGGCUAUCAAGCAAGCCGAGUUAGUCACUUUACCCUACAAUCUUCUACUUCAGAAGCAAGCUCGAGAGACCCUGGGAGUGGACUUGACGGACCAAACGGUCAUCAUCGACGAAGCACAUAAUCUUAUUGACACUAUUCUGUCCAUUCACACUGUAUCACUCCCUCAUAGCGUACUUAAAAAGUCCCUCGAACAACUACGUAUCUACCUGCAGCGCUUCAGAAAGAUGCUCACACCUCAGCAUGCUUUACAUCUUCGACGCUUGGUUGAAUUUCUCGUUGCGGUUGACAAGUACUGCAAUGACCUUGCGACUCAAUUCACCGGAGCGGAAACUGAGAAUAUGAUGACACCAGGAGAGAUGAUUGCAGUCUUGGGGGAGAAAGUCCAAGGGAUCAAUCUCUUGGAAAUCGAAAAGUAUUUGCGGACGAGCAAGAUUGCAAGAAAGGUCAGCGGGUAUAGUGAUAAACUUGCAGCAAAGGAAGCUCAAGCGGCCGGGAAGACUUUUCACCAAGGCACCACUCCACCCCUCCACCUUGUACAAAGCUGGAUCGUCACGUUGUCGAAUGCAAAUGAAGAUGGAAAGCUUGUAAUAACUGUUUCGAGAUCCAAAGCCUCGUCUCCAGACGUCACCCUCAAGUAUCAGCUCCUCAACCCAUCUAGGGUAUUCCGAGAUAUUGUGGAUAGUGCUCGCAGUGUUGUACUCGCAGGAGGAACAAUGGCUCCGAUGUCAGAUUUUCACUCACAGCUCGUUCCAUAUCUCUCAGAAGAUAGAAUAUCCCUCUUCUCGUGUGGGCACGUGAUGCCGGAAGAGAAUCUCAAGACGGUUGUUGUGUCUCGAGGACCUACUGGCAAAGGAUUGGUGUACAAGCAUCAACAACAAAAGGAUCCGGCUGUGAUGGAUGAGCUGGGACAAAUACUUGCCAAUCUUGUCAACAUUGUCCCCGACGGGAUGGUCGUGUUCUUUCCGAGUUACAACUUUCUCAAUGCACUCCGUGCACGAUGGGGAGGUAAUGGUACCUUGGAAAGGCUGAAGAAUAAGAAGAAGCUCUUUUUCGAACCGCAAGAAGGUGGAAGUGUGGACGCUGUAUUGCAGGAAUAUACAGAUGCCAUUCGGCUAAAGAAGCCAGAAGACAAGCAGACAGGUGCACUUCUCCUAGCAGUGGUUGGGGCAAAACUUUCAGAGGGGCUCAACUUUUCCGACGAACUCUCGCGUGCCGUCGUUGUCGUCGGCCUCCCAUUCGCAAACGCGACGUCAAUCGAACUCAAGGAACGUAUGCGAUUCGUCAAGGAAUUGGAAGAAAAGCUCGGCUCAGCUUCUAAAUCUGGAACGAAAGAUGCAGGAAUGGAGCUUUACGAAAAUUUGUGCAUGAAAGCGGUGAAUCAGUCUAUUGGACGUGCUAUACGACACCAAAACGACUGGGCGGCCCUUGUCCUGCUCGACGAACGCUAUGGGUCUACCCGUGUGCGCGCCAAAUUACCAAAGUGGAUAGGAAAUAGCGUGGUGGUACCUGAUAGCUUUGGUCUGGUGAUUCGAGAGCUCAGCCAAUUCUAUCGGCUGAGAAAGCGCGAGUCCAACAAAUGA